AUGAAAGUAUUUCUAUUUCUGGUUAUGUUAAUUGUUUUGACUCAUUCGUUUACUCAACCUGAAGAAUCGAAAAGGUCACAUGAAGAUCAAUCAAAAAGUAAAAGCAGUCGUUCUUCUUCAUCAAGUCAUUCUUCUUAUCACAAAACGGGUGAACAUACAAGCAGAGCUAGAAGUACUCAUGGUGGUAAACAUACUCACAAAAGAAAACAUACAACAACCGAAGAAAGUACUUCUAAAGGUGCUUCUAAGUACGAAGAAAAAUAUAAGAGAAGACGAACAGACUCUUCUGACGAGGAACCUUCAACAUCAAAAGGCAUUUCACAUCAAAAAACAUCUGAAUCGGUUCCACAUCAAAUCCCUUUUCCUCCUUUUAAAUAUCUUUUACCAACAACAAUAACAGCCUUGGAAAAUCAUCAAAAAUGCAAGAAGUAUGUAAAUCGUCAAAGAACACUAGAAUUUAUGUUAUUUGUUCAAUACUGGCCAGGUGAACACUGUGCGAACGAUUAUUGUACUAUUCCAAAGACAAAAGAUAGAGCAAAAGAAAAAUUCUUUCUUCAUGGAUAUUGGCCUGAAAUUGUUGUGAACCAAAACAUGUUUUGUUGUGUUAAUCAAUUCACGUUCGAUGAUGUGGAAAAGAGACUUUUAGAUGAUAAAAAAUUGAUGAGAAAAAUCCAUAAGAAUUGGAUUUCUGUGAGUAAAUGUAAAGUUGCGAUGCACCAAUUUGAUAAACAUGGGACGUGUGCAUUGUCAACUUAUAGAGGGAGAGAUGGACCUUUUGAUUAUAUGAAGACAGCAAUAAGACUCUAUAAAAAUAUGAACAUUUGGAAAUUUUUACAAAGGAGUGAAUUAAAAGUUGAAACAAACAAAUUGUAUGAUAUUGAAGAAAUUAGGAGUGUAGUGAGGAAGGCGUAUGGAGGUAAACCGGCUUUCAUGUGCAGAAAUGGAAACUCUGUUUAUGAGGUUCGAGUUUGUUAUGAUCCUUCAAGCGAUAGAUUUAAUCCCAAACCAAUUAGAUGCCCCCUAAAAAUCGAAAAGGUGGAGAAAAAAUUCUGUGAUAAAAAGGUCAUGUUUAAGACUUUUCCAGGUUAUUUAUUGGAUCCAAAGAUAGCACCCAGAAAUGAUUGUCUAUAUUAA